AUGGCACCCCAGAACCUCCUCUUCCACAGGAAAACGAGAUCAAACGUAUCCCUUAGAUCCGUUGUAAAAUUUGUUCCAUGGAAGACGACAUUGAGAGCGACAAGGCCCGAAAACAUCGCCCACUCACACGAUUUAGCUCGCAUCUUAAAGGACACACACUCGAUCGCUGUCCACGUUUCGCUCCAGGACCCCGUGAGUUGGCACCGUGGCCGCCUCCUCCCGGCACAAGCUGCCUACACCACCACCUCUGAGCGCGAAUUACAAGUAUAA